AUGAAAAAAUUCAUUUUCUCGUCAAGUCGAAUAACGAUUUUUUUUUUUUUUUUUUUUCUAGAAUGUCAAGAAUAUGGCGAUUUAAUUUAUCAAGAAAGUUCUGCUUUGACAUUAUUAGCUCCUCAACAAAUGAAAAUGAAUAAAAUAUCACAAUGUACAAUGGAUAGCGUUCCAUUGAUUAUCGGUGGUAAAAAAGCAAAACCCCAAGAAUUUCCACACAUGGUUGCAAUUGGUUAUGGUGAAAAUAUAGAAUCCCUUUUGUGGCUUUGCGGUGGUAGUUUGAUAAGCGAAAAUUUUGUUUUGUCUGCCGCACAUUGUAGCAAAAGUGGUAACAGAGGUUUCGCCACGUUUGUCAAAAUGGGAGUCACAAAUUUAAAUUCUGAUAAUUCAUGGAUUCAAAACGUUAAAAUAAAAAAUCGUAUAAAUCAUCCAAAGUACAAACCGCCAUCAAAAUACAACGAUAUCGCUUUGUUUAAACUGUUCGAGAAAGUUCGAUUUAACGAAUUCGUACGUCCCGCGUGUCUCAAUACGAAUGACGACGAAGAAUUUUUAUUUAAACGAGGGAUAGCAACGGGUUGGGGGAAAGAAAAUUACGAUUCGUACGAGGGCACGACGGAUUUGAUGAAAGUUUCCAUUGAUUUCAUCGAUCGUUCCAUUUGUAACAAAACGUAUUCAUCCGACGUCGGCGAGAAAUUAUUGAAACGUGGAAUUGUGACGUCACAACUAUGCGCGGGAAAUUUAAAUGGCGGAAAAGACACGUGUCACGGUGACAGCGGAGGCCCUUUGCAAAUCCUCAACCAAAGUCCCCGUUGCACGUAUUCCAUCGUCGGCGUGACUUCUUUUGGUAAAUUUUGCGGUUUUAAAAAUUCUCCAGCCGUUUACACGAGAGUCUCCAAAUACGUUCCCUGGAUAGAAUCCAUCGUGUGGCCUUGA